AGAGAACACCUACGGCAGUAUAUGGAAAUUGCAGAUGAAAAGAAAAUGGCAGGAUUAUAAUUGGGCAAUACUCUUGCUCUGUUUUUGUCACGUUUCCCGAGAUCGCAUUCCAUUUCCAUGGAGCAGCAAUACGCAUCUGGUACUGUCUCAAAAGAAAUUUCAAGAGUUAUUCUUUAGAACCUAUGGCCUUGAAAAUAAAGUGGACGCUAUCACUCUUGACGAUGGAACCCCUCUAGAAGUUGUAGACGUAAUGGUGUUUCAGAAUUUCUCCUCUGAAAAGUUUCAAAUGAUGAGGUUUGCUCUAUCUAUGGGAGGAUUUCAUUCGUAUGUGGGACUUUCGAUGCCAAAACACCUAACGGAAGCGGAUACCGAUACAUCGCAAUGGGGGAUAGAUAGAACAGCACUUCUACAACGUACCUACAAGAUAAUUGAACCAUUAUUUGUUAGCGAUCGCUUCAACCUCUCCCGAGAUUGUGAUGCCAAAAUAUUGUUAAUUGGUUUAGGAGGUGGUACUAUAAACAACUUUCUGCAUCAAAUCUUUCCCCAGAUGAGUUUAACCGCAGUGGAGAUUGACGGACAAAUGAUUAACGUGGCCAGAAAGUGGUUUGGUCUUUUAGAAGAUGAUCAUCAACGAGUCAUUAAGGCCGAUGGAGUCACUUUUCUAGCGGAUAGUGUUAAAAAAGGAGAUUCUUACGACGCGAUACUGUUAGAUGCGGGUGGGCCACAGCUAGAAAGCGAUUUCAUUUGCCCUCACAAAUCCUUCCUAAAAAAAGAUGUGCUGAGAAAUAUUGCGACGUUGCUUCCCAAGCACGACACUAUGCAUAUAUUCACAGUCAACCAUUUUUGUGACACUUCAAAGAUUUCAAACAUUGUUGCCAACGCUUUGCAUUAA